CACAACAAAAUUUCCACCCACUUGUACCAUAAUUGUUGCCAGGUUCAGUUCAACUUCAACUUUAGAAAAAGAAAACACUUCAACCAUGACAAAAUCCGAGCACUCAAUUUACAUGACAAUUUUCUCACUUAUUCUACUUUCAUCUUAUUCAUUAGGACAAGAAAUUUGUUCCGACGAGUCGCGCUUCUGGCCGCAUCAUAAUUGUUCCCUGUACUACGAAUGUGUCGUCGAAGGGGAUCCCAUCAUACGACAAUGCCCACCCGAUUUAUACUGGAGUGACCCAAUUUCUGCUUGCAAUCUUCCCGAGAAUGUGCCAGAGUGUGGGGGAGGGACGAGGCCACCAAUUACAACGACCACAACCCCAACGACUCCCCUACCAACGACAACAACCCGCCCAACAACUACCCGACCAACGACAACAACACGCCCACCAACAACACCCACAACCACACUCCCCACGACACCCUCAACCACAACGCGUCCUACAACGACAACAACUACAACAACGCGUCGACCUUGUCCCUCUGAUUGCAAUAGUGAUAGUCAGUGUUGCACAUCGGGUGGAUGUUACCUAGGCAACUGUGUUGGGUGUCGCACGAUCGGGGUAACUUGCCAGCAUGAUUCCCAAUGUUGUGCAUCUGGGGGGUGUUACACAAAUAAAUGCAUUUCAUGCAGAACUUUGGGAAUGACGUGUCAAAGUAGUAGUCAAUGUUGUGGGGGACGAUGUGCACUUGCGGGUCGUUGCGCAUAAAAAAUGAACACACAGUUUCACUUAUGAGAGAAUUACAGGACGGGGUCCGAGAUGAAGUUUAAAAAUGUAAAAAAUAAUGUGAAGUUUGUGUAAUUCAAUGAAUAAAAAUGGUUGUUGAAUAAA